AUGAACGAGUAUAAAUUAAAGAAUUUGAGAGAAGAACAAAGAAAGUAUGUUGAAAUGUGUAAAAGUGAACCAAGUUUUAGAAAAAAACGUGAGUUAGUUGAGAAGUUUGAAGAGGAAGAGAAAAAGUCUUCUUAUUUUUCUAACGUCAAAAGUAAGAAAUAUACUGGUUUUGAUCGUUUUUCAGGAUUUAUUUUAACACCCGAUCCAUCUAAAUCUAAUGCUUUAAUUUGUACUGCUUGUGGUGAACAUAACGGCCUUAUUGAUCCUAAAAACUCUAAUGUUGAUUAUUUUCAUUGUUAUAGCUGUAAAUAUAAAAACGUCAGAAAUAAUGUGAUUGAAAAUAAAAAGGAAAAAUAA